ACCACUACAACUCCAACCACCACUACAACUCCAACCACCACCACCACCACCACUACUACUCCAACAACCACCACAACAACUCCAACCACAUCCACUACAACUGCAACCACCACUACAACUCCAACCACCACUACUACAACUCCAACCACCACCACCACUACAACUCCAACCACCACCACUACAACUCCAACCACCACCACUACAACUCCAACAACCACCACUACAACUCCAACCACCACAACAACAACUCCAACCACCACCACUACAACCCCAACCACCACCACCACCACUACUACUCCAACAACCACCACCACUACAACUCCAACCACCACCACCACCACUACAACUCCAACAACCACCACUACAACUCCAACCACCACCACCACUACAACUCCAACCACCACCACUACCACUCCAACCACCACCACCACUACAACUCCAACAACCACCACAACAACUCCAACAACAACCACCACCACCACAACAACUCCAACCACCACUCCAACCACCACCACUACUACUCCAACAACCACCACUACUACUCCAACAACCACCACCACUACAACUGCAACCACCACCACUACAACUCCAACCACCACCACCACAACUCCAACCACCACCACCACCACCACUACAACUCCAACCACCACCACCACCACCACUACAACUCCAACCACCACCACUACAACUCCAACAACCACUACAACUCCAACCACCACCACAACUCCAACCACCACCACCACUACAACUCCAACCACCACCACUACAACUCCAACAACCACCACCACUACAACUCCAACCACCACCACUACAACUCCAACCACCACUACAACUCCAACCACCACCACUACAACUCCAACCACCACCACCACUACAACUCCAACCACCACCACAACUCCAACCACCACCACCACCACCACUACAACUCCAACAACCACCACAACAACUCCAACCACAACCACCACCACUACAACUCCAACCACCACCACUACCACUACAACUCCAACCACCACCACCACCACUACAACUCCAACAACCACCACAACAACUCCAACCGCCACCACUACAACUCCAACCACCACUACAACUCCAACCACCACCACUACAACUCCAACCACCACCACUACAACUCCAACCACCACCACCACCACUACAACUCCAACCACCACCACUACAACUCCAACCACCACCACAACAACUCCAACCACCACCACCACUACAACUCCAACCACCACCACUACAACUCCAACCACCACUACAACUCCAACCACCACCAUCACCACUACAACUCCAACCACCACCACAACUCCAACCACCACCACCACAACUCCAACCACCACCACCACUACAACUCCAACCACCACCACCACCACCACCACUACAACUCCAACCACCACCACAACUCCAACCACCACCACCACUACAACUCCAACCACCACCACCACCACUACAACUCCAACAACCACCACAACAACUCCAACCACAACCACCACCACUACAACUUCAACCACCACCACAACUCCAACCACCACCACCACCACCACUACAACUCCAACAACCACCACCACCACAACUCCAACCACCACCACUACAACUCCAACCACCACCACCACCACUACAACUCCAACAACCACCACAACAACUCCAACCACAACCACCACCACUACAACUCCAACCACCACCACUACAACUCCAACCACCACCACCACUACAACUCCAACCACCACCACAACUCCAACCACCACCACUACAACUCCAACCACCACCAUCACCACUACAACUCCAACCACCACCACAACUCCAGUUGUGAUUGUCAUCGUCUUCACCCAGGAGCUUACCGACACCCAGAGUUCUGCAUUCCAGAAGCAGGCUGCGGAGGUUGAAGCAGUGUUUGAUGGUAUCUACAAGAAAAUAUAUGGAGAGCGUUUUGAGAGGACAAUUGUCACGGGCUUCAGGCAGAAAGUGUCUGGUACAAGCAGCAGCAGCAGGACGGACAAUGUGGAGACGGAUGUUGAGCUGGUGUUCAAUGAGGAGUCCACCGACCCACUUCCUGCCGAUACAGAGAUAAAGGAGGCACUGGUGGAGGCCGUCAACGAGCCAGGAUUCAACAACACACUGAGUCUGGAUACCAACUCUGUUGUUAUCACAAGUGCUCCGAGGUCCACACCUAACGUCCAGUUCAAAACCAAUGAGACGUUUACAGCCGACCUGACCAACUCCAGCUCCACAGCGUAUCAGGACAGAGCCAUGCUCAUCAAAAAAGAGCUUGAGCCGUUCUUCAUUCAGGAUUACUCGCCCUUGUUCAUAAGUCUGACCACCAGGAAUUUCAGCCAAGGCUCGAUCAUCCAUAACACGGAUCUGACAUUCACGGCCAAUGGCACCCUUCCAAACACCACAGAAAUAUACACCACCAUGCAGCGAGCUGCCCUAAGUGGAAACCUCACUUUCACUAUCACCUCGCUCAACGGUAUAGCUGUUUCCUCUGGCAUGGCCUGCAGUGUCAACAUUGUCGUCACCUGGAUUCUGGUGGGCGGGGCUCUCCUGCUACAGGGGCAGUGGUUGGCUCUGUGAAACGCCGCUCACCAAACCAUCCAAUGAUGUGAGGACUUACUCACAGAGGAGGGUGAAGGAUCCAUUCCAAAUGAAGGACUAUUAUCAUAUGUAUAAGAAGUUAUUUAAAAUAUUCUUAAUAUUGUAAUCAUGCUUUGACUUAUUUAUGUCUUCUCUGUCUGGAUUACACAUAUGAAGUCCAAAUAAUUUAUCAUAUGUAAUG